UUCACCACUUGUAACUUAUUUGAAAUCUUGCGCUACUAAUUGCAAGUUUCCACUGUCUUGUCUUAAUCUCGUGUUUUCGCCUUUUCUGAUUUUUUUAAAUUGCUUUCCCGAUUAAAUUGAUAAAAUGUGUCGGAAGUCGACUGCAUUUGAAAGCAUUGCUUUUUAAUUCAAAUCGCCAUAAGAUCCUCCUUACGUAAAGUUGUCCCGUUUCUAAUAACUUCAUGGCUUGGUUUCGCCUACCGUUACUUCAACGUUCGAAUUACGUUUGUUACCGAUUUCUAGCUACGCAUGCCAAAUUGAGUCCAUUAGCUGAUGCUUUUAAUUACCAUAGUUUAAAAACAAACGAUGGGCAGAUGGAUAAAACUACAGGACUUUUUGACCAUCCGAUGUUGACUUCUGCCCAGAGUUUUCAAACUCUUGUUAAGUCGGCUAUCGAAGAAUGUCAUGUGUUGUGUGACGAGGCUACUUCUCGGACAAGAGUUAGAAAAAUAGUUCAGAUAUUAGACGACCUAUCAGAUACAUUGUGUCGAGUCGCUGAUUUAUCUGAUUGUAUACGAAUGCUUCAUCCAGAUGAAGUAUAUCGCUAUUCUGCUCUAAAAGCAUGUCAAUCAAUUGGUCAACUUGUUGAAGAGUUAAAUACUAAUUCAGAAUUAUAUAACGCCUCUGUACGCGCAAACAGCUCAUCUCAAGUGGAUAAAUUAAUUCCAGAUACACAUAUGGAUAGUAUUGAUAAGCGUGUACUCGAUUUAUUUGUGGCUGAUUUUGAACUAUCUGGUGUACAACUGCAGGAUCCUUGUCGACAUGAACAAUUUGUACGUACCGCUUCACUUGCUUUAAAUUAUGGAGCUAAAUUUAUUCAAGGUUGCCAUAGUACAGUAACUUUUCCAUCGAACUUUAUAACAAAGAGUCAUUCAAACUCAAUUGAACUUGUUCAUCCACUCAGUGAUCAUCCAGAUCCUUCUGUACGUUUAGCCACCUAUUAUGCAUAUUAUGCACCAAUUGAAGGUCAAGAAAAGUGUUUAGAACAACUUUUAAAUGCAAGGCAUGAAAUGGCACAAGCGGCUGGCUUUGAAAAUUACGCUCAGCGUGCUACACUUUAUAGUUUAGCUGAAACACCUGAAAAUGUUGAUGAAUUCCUUCAGCAUGUAUGUCAAAAACUUCGUCCUAUUUCAACUAAUAUAGUAAAAAAGCAUUUAUUACCAAUUGUAAGAAACUUUAAUCAAAAAUCAGAGAUUCUUAAUUUACAACUAGAUCGUAAUGCAAAUUUAAUUUCGCCUAGUGAUUUAUCCUAUGCACUUGGAAUUAAACGCCAAACAUUAUGUAGUCAUCAUUUAACAGAUUAUUUUUCAUUGGGUGCAUGUAUGGAAGGCGUAAGUCAAUUGGCUAAUUGUCUAUUUGGAUUACGUUUAGAAGUUGCACCAGUACAACCCGGGGAAAUAUGGCAUCCAUCUGUUAUUAAAGUUCAUGUCUAUUCAAAUAAAAAUAACUCAAUCGAACCAAUUGGAAUAGUCUAUUGUGAUUUGCUUGAUCGUCCUGGUAAACCUCCUCAAGAUUGUCAUUACACUAUACGUGGUGGUCGACGCCUUGACAAUGGUUCUAACAGUCGAUCAUAUCAAUCGCCGAUCAUUACACUCCAACUGACGCUAUCUCCGUCUGAAUCAAAUUCUACACCACCACUUCUUAGUAUAGGACAAGUGGAAAAUUUAUUUCAUGAAUGGGGCCAUGCAUUACAUUCUAUGCUUGCACGUACACGAUAUCAGCAUGUUACUGGGACACGGUGUAGUACUGAUCUAGCUGAAUUGCCAUCAACUUUAUUUGAACACUUUGCAUUAGAUCCACGUGUUGUAUUAGAAUAUGCUCGACAUUGGAAAACAGGUCAAAAACCAGAUCCUAAUGAACUAAUAGCAUUACAACAAUUAUCUAUUGGUCGAGGACUUGGUCAAAGUUUAGAAGUUAGCCAACAGGCGACUUAUGCCAUUCUGGAUCAAGUUUUGCAUUCAGGUUCUACUGAAACUACUUUACUGCCUUAUGCAAAAUUAACUCAUAAAUCAAGUGGAUUAUGGCCUGCAUCCACUGAAUUAUUGUCAGAUAUUCAAUGCAAAGCUGGAUUAUCUGAUUGGUCCAAUUGUUCACCUCCUCACCUAGGUGCAUGGACUCAUCGUUUCAGUCAUCUAGUCAAUUAUGGUGGACGUUAUUAUGCUUAUUUAAUGGCAAAAGCUGGAGCUGAUCUUGUUUGGAGGCGGUAUUUCUCGAAUGAUCCUUGGUGUUCUUCAAGUGGACAAAUUUAUAUGGAAAAAUUAUUAUGUCACGGCGGUGAGUAUCCUCCAGCUAGUCUACUUUCUGACCUAUUAAAUUAUGGUGACAACGAUAAUACUAACAAGGAAAUUGUGAUAUUAUCUCCUAGAAAGUUAGCUGAAGGUUUAACCGAUCAAUUAGAAGAGAUGGAAAUAGCCUCAACUUCUUUACUGAACCGUAUUGAAUCACCGAGUUCUAUUCAAACCAAAAGAAUUUAUUAAUCAUGAUACAUUUUAUUGUUAUUGAUACUUUGUAAAUACAUCAGCUAGUUAUUUUGUCGAUAUUUAUUAUUAUUUUGUUGUUGUUGUUGUUGUAAAUAAUGUCGAACAAAAGUGAUCAUUAGAAAACUUUCAUUUUUGAUAUGAUUUGAUACAAAAUUACCUUGGUACAUUUUGAGUAUGGCAUUUUUCAACAAUAAACAUGAAUAUAACUGUAUGCUAUUUCAUUUGACACUUCAUAGUACAAUAAAAG